GAGAGAAAAGAAAGAAAGAAAUUUUUUGAUAAUUUUUUCCUUUUCUGAGUGUUGUUUGGAGAAGUUUGCGCCGGCGGCCAGGGAAUGCAGAGAGAUGAGAAGAUCGCCGCUUUCUAACCCCCUUCUAGUUGGCGGCGGAGGCCACAAACCACCGCACUCCGGCGGCAGAACUUGUCACCGGAAACACGUCGAAGACGGGUGAUCCAUUCCCGUCUUCAGUUCCGAUCUGAUCUUCAUACCUUAAUCUAUAAUCCUUUCUAUUUUUCACCUAAAAGUAAACUUAUUUCUGAAAGUUAAGCAGUGAAAUUAGGUUUAGGGAGUAUCGGAAUAGAAAUAUUAUUGUUUGUGAUUGGAGAAUGGCGACGGCGGCGGAGGAGAAAUGCGGCGUUCUGCACGGGAAAUACGAGCUGGGGAGGAUGCUAGGGCACGGGACGUUCGCGAAGGUGUACCACGCGCGGAACCUGCAUUCCGGGAAAUGCGUGGCGAUGAAGGUGGUGGGGAAGGAGAAGGUGAUAAAAGUGGGGAUGAUGGACCAGAUAAAGCGGGAGAUCUCGGUGAUGAAGAUGGUGAAGCACCCUAAUAUUGUUGAGCUUCACGAGGUUUUGGCGAGCAAAACGAAGAUCUACUUCGCCAUGGAGCUCGUCCGCGGCGGCGAGCUCUUCGCCAAGAUCUCCAAAGGCCGUAUACGCGAGGAAUUGGCGAGGAAUUACUUCCAGCAGCUCAUUUCCGCCAUAGAUUUCUGCCACAGCCGAGGGGUCUACCACCGCGACUUGAAGCCGGAGAAUUUGCUCCUGGACGAGGAUGGCUACUUGAAGGUCACGGAUUUCGGCCUCAGCGCUUUCUCCGACCACCUCCGACAAGACGGCAUGCUCCACACCACCUGCGGCACGCCGGCGUACGUCGCCCCGGAGGUGAUUGCAAAGAAGGGAUACGACGGCGCCAAGGUGGAUAUAUGGUCCUGCGGGGUCAUUCUCUACGUCCUCUUAGCCGGUUUUUUACCCUUCCAAGACGACAACAUUGUCGCCAUGUACCGGAAGAUUUACAGAGGCGAUUUCAAAUGCCCUCCAUGGCUUUCAUCCGAAGCGAGAAAACUAAUCACCAAAAUGCUAGACCCCAACCCGAAUUCAAGAAUCACCAUUGCCAAGAUCAUGUCUUCGUCCUGGUUCAAGAAAUCCGUCCCAAGAUCCCUGAGGAAAAACGAAGACCACGAUGAAUUUUCCGGCGACAAGGCCAAGGAAGUGGAGACGCUGAACGCCUUCCACAUCAUAUCUCUGUCCCAGGGCUUCGAUCUAAGCCCCCUGUUCGAGGAGAAGAAGAAGACGGAGAAAGAAGAGAUGAGAUUCGCGACUACAAAGCCAGCAAGCAGUGUGAUCUCGAAGCUAGAAGAGUUGGCAAAAACCAGUAAUUUCAGCGUGAAGAAGAGCGAUUCCAGUGUGAGAUUACAGGGACAAGAGAGCGGAAGAAAAGGGAAACUGGGAAUCUCAGCAGACAUUUUCACGAUGAAUCCUUCGUUUCUAGUCGUGGAGGUGAAGAAAGCCAGCGGCGACACGCUGGAAUACAACCAGUUUUGCAGCAAAGAGCUAAAGCCUGCUCUUAAGGAUAUCCUCUGGACAUCUCCCACUGAACAUUCAACUCCUGCUUAAUCAACAACUUCCCCCUUUUGCUUCACUUCAAGAUUUGUACUUCUAUUCUUAUUAUGAUUAUGAUGAUUAUUAUUAUUAUUAUGUUGUUGUUGUUGUUGUUGCUAAGGUUGCAAUUAGGUAGGAUAAUGCUGGAAUUCAAGACUCCAACGUUAAGAUGAAUAUGAAUGAGUGUUUGUUGUUGCUUUUUCUUGUUCUGUUCCAAACUCUGCAAUUGCUCUGUUCAAGUGUUCAUCAAUAAUGUUCAGUAUGUGCAUUUGCAACUUGCA